UGGGUAUUUUAUCAUACGGUGAGCAAACAGCGUUGAUAAUGUAUGCGCGCUCUCCUGCUGCGAUCCGUAGAAGUCUGACAGAUUAAAAGAUUGCUGAGCAGGGAAGUGGAUUCAGAACAAUAUUUGAAGUCGUGCUGUAAGGAGGCUCAGUCGAGUUAAGUAACAGUGUUGCUACACUUUCACUUAUUAAGGAGGAUUAAACUUGCGGGUCCAAACCUUCUGUUGUGAAGUGCGUUGUCGAAGGACAGAGGCAAUAGUAGCGCCUAAACAUAAACACUGAAGCAGCGUCCAUACAGGACUGUUGUUUAUACUACAGAAAUGAAAAGUGAAAAACUACCGAUGACUACAGAAAUGACAGGAGGACAGACCACAGUAAGGGUGGCAGUGUUGGGAAGUCCGAGAGCGGGAAAGUCAGCUGUCACCGUGCGUUUUUUGACAAAGAGGUUUAUAGGAGAAUACAACUCAAGCGAAGAUAUGGUCUACAGACACAAUACGAAGAUUGACGAAAAUCAGGUCGAUAUCGAGGUGAUGGACUGCUCGUGUCCCGAGAACCAGAGUCUGCCAAUUCCAGAAACAUUAGCAGUGUGGGCGGAUGCGUUUGUCGUGGUGUACAGCAUAUGCGACAGAAGUAGCUUCCAAGAAGCGAAAAGACUUAUUUGCACAGUACAAAAACUGAAAUCGCCCUCCUACGUUCCCGUCAUGUUGAUUGCAAACAAAACAGACUUAGACCACAGACGGGAGGUGGAGGUGGAAGAAGGACAGGAACUCUCUUUGGAAUACGGCUGCCGUUUCCACGAAGUGUCGGCAGCGGACUGUUACAUAAGCGUGCACAUUGCAUUCACAGGACUGAUGAAAGAAAUCGUAACAAUGGUGCAAAACCAAAAACUCAACUCUCUGAAAAGGAGGAAAAGUUCACUGUACAGUGUUUCGAAAGCAAUCCAGUCAAUGUUUGGGAAGAACCUCGUGAAACGGAAACCGUCGAUAUAAGUCUGUUCCUCACAACCGGUUCAUUUCCAUUCAACGUUGCUCAAUGUAUGUGAUACACUGUUGUCCAAGGGACACCAGUCUCUGUAAAGAGGGCACUCUCGCGUUGCUACAAACUCAGAGCCGCUGAAAUAGUUAAACCUUCUAAGAGACGGGGUGCCAAGAGUGAUUACUGAACACAAAGAGUUCCCUACGCAAGUCGAGCAGUGCUUCAGAACUAGAGACUAAUCUUGGCAGAAAACAUGUGUUGUAAGACGUUAGAAAAAAAUCAGCUGAUUCGCUCACUUUUCAAUCAUAUGUUUAUGUUGUAAGUAGCCCCCGCUUGCAGUGAGUAAGCGCUUGGUGAUGUAUUUGCCAUCUGAAUCACUCUGUGAACCUGGUUAAUUAUCCAAAAUUGCACCUACUUAUGGAAGAAUGAUUAGGGCUGAGCUUAUUUAUCAUUUUCUUCUGAUCUCAAAGCUGUCAUAGUUAAGUACAUCUGCAGAGCGGUGUGUAUACCUCUGACGUUGAGAGAUAAACCAAUUUUGCUAUCUCUAUGUGCGUGUCAUUGUGACCACUAGGUGGCACCACUGUACAGUGCACGAGCACUUUAUCUCUGAGUACAUGUCACAGUUGCUGGUUACGAAAUUUUAUCUUGUCACUUAAUAUUUCAUGAACAUGGCAGGCGAAAAUGACAGGUGGCUAUUCUCGACAGGUGAACCUUGUUCACGGUACUUUAUGACUGGUGUCCAAUAUAGGUAACUUUAAACUUUGGUGAAACAAAUUAUUUAUAUUUUUGCUGUAAAGUUGAAUUAUGUAAAAUUAUAACGUGACACAUAUAUCAUUCGUCUCAAUUAUCGUAAUCCACAUCAUAACCAUUGUCACCUAAAUGAACGUCAUAUCACAGAUGGACGAUAUCAAGGUGCUUGUGUAAGAUAUGUUGACACAUGCAAAUGACACAUUUGCAUAAUAAGGUUCCUCAUUUUCAUCUACCUCACAGUUAUCACAGACCACUCCAUUUGUCACUCAUCUUAAUAUGUUCAUAAAGGCUAAGAAAUGUUCAUAUUAAACCAAUAAAUGAAUGUGAAAAUUGUA